AUGGGAUACUGGAGUCAAGAAAGAUAUACAAAUUGGGUUCCCUACGACAUACCUUCGCCCUUUCCUUAUAAUCGUGAAGAUGGACCCGAUCUUCAACGGGUAUUACAAAAUUUAUACGCUCUUAAGUUGAAGUUAAGAAGUAUUAAUGAUGUAAGCCUAAUUCCAAAGGAAACUCGUAAUUACCUUCGCUGGGCAUUUAAAGCCAUUUGUUCAUGUGAACAUUCUAAAAACCUUCCUAAUCCAAUGAUUCGUGAAAGUUUAGAUAUUGCUUUUUCAGAUAUUCUUGAUAAUAUCAUUCCGCAAAUCGAACUUGGCAACCCUGCUCCAUUUAUUCCAUCCAGAGAGAGUACUAUUAACAUGUUAAUGGAUCAUAGAAACAUAUUGUCUAUUUGUCAGGAUUUACAAAGUGAUUUAGAAGAAUAUAUUCAAUUCAAUUGUGAAUUUUCCUACGGAAUGGGAAGAUUGGCGAUGGUUUUAUUUAAACAGUAUCCAAACAGUAAAUAA